UUUGGGACGCGGCGACGGGCGCGUGCCUGACGACGCUCGAGGGGUUCACUUCCACUUUAUCAUUUGAUGAGAUAGGCUCGUGCCUCCAGACAGAUUUUGGGACUAAAUUGCUACACAAGCAAUCGGCUGCUGGCACAGCAGCGGUUCAAGCUCAUUCACAACAUCAAGAUUUUGAAGGUAUUGGCAUUAGUGUUGAUCGAGCAUGGAUUACGUGGAAAGGGAAGCAUUUUUUGUGGCUGCCUACUGAAUACCGUGGGCAAUGUACAGCCAUAGCAGGAUUGACAAUAGCCUUAGGCUGUUCAUCUGGGAGGGUGUUGUUCUUCCAGUGGUCAGGAGCCUCUUAG